AUGCCUCCAGUUCAACAAUAUCAAUAUGCUGGUCAUCAGCCAUCUAACUGGGAAAAAUUUAAAAUGGGAGCUUUAAUGGGUUCUACCGUUGGUGUUUGUGUGGGUGUUUUAUUUGGUGGUUUCUCCAUCUUACAAAAUGGGGCUGGUCCAAAUGGUGUAAUGAGAACCUUGGGUCAAUAUAUAAUGGGUUCUGUUGGUACUUUUGGGUUAUUCAUGUCUAUCGGUUCAGUAAUCAGAUCUGAUACUACUUUCCAAGCUUACGAAAGAUCUAUGAUCUCAAUGCAAAAGGCAAGAUUGAGAGCCAUCUACAGAGAUGAAUAA